UGACCUUUGACACAACAAUAUACAUGUAGUCGUAUGACAUGGCCGACUCCUGAGCUCAGACUUAGUUGUGUUGGCGUCAGGAUCCGGUGUCUGUGGCCAGCUCAGUGGGCGAAGGCUAGGACGGUGGGAUUUCAAGAGGAUUUUCUGCAUGCUAUCAAUUCUGACAUAGAAAACUCCACAAUUACUACUGCUGGUGCUGAAGUAUGUCGACUGGGUUUCACCUGUUCCUGGCGGUUGUCGCCUUUUUGUCUCAAAAUGUUCAAUCUGCCGACAUCCUCGUGGCAACAUUGACCUACGCCAGCCCCUGGAUGGACGUAGCGAAGAUUGCCGAAGCCUUGGCCUCCCGAGGGCACGUCGUCACCGUGCUGGCCCAUGCUAGUCAGAAGAGCGACCUGAUGCGGAAAUGGCCGACCUUGCAGUACGAAACAUUCGGAGAUCCCGAAAAACCACCGUUGAUGAAGGAAUUUGCAAAAACCGGGCCUCAAAAGAUGGCAUUUUCUUCACCUGGGAUGUUGGGCCUCCUGGCAUGGGCCAGUACUUCGAGUUCUGCCUUGCUGGACCUUAGUGAAGAGAUGCUGAGUGACAAUCAGCUACUGACGAAACUGAAGAACAGCCACUAUGACGUAGUCCUGACGUAUGCUGGUCCCUCAUGCGGUCCACUGGUGGCGCAGUUCUUGGACCUGCCUCUAGUCUGCACAACGCGGUCUUUUCCUACUGGACUAGACAUCCGAGCCACUGGUGUUCCCAACCCUCUUGCUUACGUGCCGACAGUGACAUCGGAGUUGUCAGAUCGGAUGACAUUUUUGCAGAGAGUGAAGAAUGUGCUGGUUUACUUCGCAUUUUCUACUAUGGGACAGCUGGUCGUGGAAAAGAGUUACGACGAUCUCGCAAAAAGAACCAUUGGUGACAGCUUCACCUUGUCUGCUGCCUUGGCUAGAACCGACGUGUGGCUCUACCAAUCAGAUCUCAUGUUCGACUUUCCUAAACCCAUGAUGCCAAAUAUGGUCAGCAUAGCAGGUCACAUGGCUGAGGAUGUCAAACCGCUCAGUGAGGAGAUGGAGAAGUUUGUGCAGAGUUCUGGAGAUGACGGUGUUGUGCUUGUAACGUUCGGCUCCAUGAUAGCGGCUAUGCCUGCAGAACUAGCCGACAUGCUGGCCGCUGCUUUUGCCCGUCUGCCACAGAAGGUUGUGUGGCGCUACGCUGGGACGCCACCUCCAAGUCUGGGGCCAAACACCAAGACCAUGGAGUGGGUGCCUCAAAACGACUUGCUAGCUCAUCCCAAGACAAAGGCGUUUGUGUCACAUUGUGGAUACAACGGAGUAGCAGAGGCCAUGUACCACGGGGUGCCCAUGGUCGGCAUGCCUCUGUUCUCCGAACAAUUCGAUAACAGUGCCCGGAUGGUGGCCCGUGGGAUGGCGGUGUCAUUGGACAUCCACACGGUGACGCCAGAGGAGGUAGCCCAGGCCAUCACAUCUGUUAUUUCGGAUCCUAGCUACAAGGGGAAGGCCAACCAGAUUUCCACGCAUCUUCGUGACCAACCACAGUUGCCCAUGGAGCGGGCAGUAUGGUGGAUAGAACACGUCAUCAAACAUGGCGGCCUCCCCCAUCUCAGGUCGAGGGCACCCGAACUCCCCUUCUACCAGUAUUACCUGCUAGACGUCAUUGCCCUGAUUGUUGCAGUUAUAUCUGCUGUAUUGUUGUCUUGUUGGAAGUGCUGUUCGUUUGCAUGUGGUAUGUGCAAAAGGGGUAUGACUACCACCAAGCUGAAAAGUAAUUGACUGUUGUCGCAAGCAUAUUUGUACGGACAACUGUAGACGUACAAUGAAUACAGUGGCAAUCCCUGAAUGGAUUUGCAGUUUCAAAUGCUAUGUCAAUUGAAAUUUUUAUCAUGUUAUCAAGCUGUAAAUGUUAUCUCUCAUUGUUGUAUGUCUUUCCUUUAAAAAAUUGUGCUUUGGCUGAAGUUGAUUUCUUACCUUAGACCUGAUGAUGGAUGAUGAAAUGAAAUAGGCAUAUUAUAUAGAUUUCUAAAAUUACAUAAACUAUAGAUGAUAAAAUGAUAAAGAUAUAUGGCAAAAUGGCUAACUGUCAUAACUUCACUGUGAAGUUACGACGACAAAAUUGUACCCUGCAAUGCUCUUUUGACAUUUCUUAAAGCUAUUGACCAAAAAGUGUCUUUGCUCUUCUUCAUUCUCGUAUGAAUUAUCCAUAGAGUUACUUUCUUUAACAUGCUCACCGUUAAGCAUCCUUGUAGUUGUUUGAUUAAAUUCGUCUAUCAUUCUUAA